AUGGCCGGAACAAAUUUACCCAGAGUGCCGGAAGGUCUGCGGGAUCUAAUGAAAGCCUAUACCAAGGAAGUGCUACGUGAAAAACCAACGAAUCUAUAUGAAUUUUCUUCUGAUUACUUUGAACGCAUUGCGGCCGACAGAAUGCCGCAGAAGGUGCAAAAGUACGAGCCACCUCAAAGUUAUGAAAUCAUCAUGAAAAAUCGCAUACGACAACAAGUCCCGAUUUCACUUGUCUUUAACAUUAUCCCCGAUAAUCUCACGGAUUUGAUUAAGAAGUUUAUCAAAGCAGUUCUUCGAGAAAAACCUGAUAAUUUACUUUCUUUUGCUGUGGAAUAUUUCCAAAGGCUACGCAAUGCUCACUCGCCACGCAUGGAGUACACGAAGUACUCGGCCUAUGAGAAAUUUGUGGAUGAGAAGGGAAGCGCCGCUCUCGUCUCAAAGGAGAAGUGUACUUGCGGUCGUAUACUUAACGCCAAAGCUGACGAAGUGGAAAGCGAGAAGAAAGAGCAAUCAACUGUGACACAUAGUGUUCAAUAUUUGAGCGCAGUUUGUAUUAUACAAAAAUAUAUGCGAAAAUAUUUGAAGGAAAAGCGCGAGAAGUCCAUCAAGAAGUCAGUUAGCACUGUGUCCACAGAUCGAUGCAGUAGUGAGGCUUAUAUGAAUGCCAUAUUUAUAAUACAAAGACAAUUUCGACGGUAUUUAGCUAAGAAGCGAGUCGAAAAGGUAAAGGAAAAGUCUGAGUCGAAGGAGAAUCGAUAUGAUUCGGUUGAAUACAUGAAUGCUAUUCGUAUUAUACAGCGAUACUGUCGGCGAUAUUUGCGUAAUAGGAGAACGACGAAAGCACGACCCUUAAAUAGCCAUAAAACCCCUUCCACGGACAGUAUGCUUUCUCUUACGACAGCAGCAUUUAUUAUUCAGAGAGCAUUUCGAAAUAUGGUCAAGACACGGAGGGCCAAAAGACACAUAAAUGCCGAACUCGACCAAGGCGACGAGGUCAAUGAUAAUGCCUCCGAGGCAGCCUCAUAUACCUCCGCCUCUACCGCUCUCCUCUCCACCGAGUCCACCUGUGAGCAUGCUGAGUUUGGCGGUGUCAAUUAUGAGGAGGGUGUCCAUCAGCAGACCAUUCAAGAAGAUGAGGAAGUUGAAAAUGACAAUACCAACAACCUUCAAAACGCAUAUAAAACUGAAGCAAUUAAAUCGAAAGGAAAAUCGAUAAGUUCGGAUGGUAAUGAGUUAACCUUGGAUGAAAUAAAUGAUGAAAUGAACAAAAGAAAGGAAAAACGAUUCUACGCACAAAAGAGUCGCAGGGAUAUUCAUCAUGAUUCUAGUAUUGACAAAGAAAUGGCAACUAGAGCUAAUUCAAUGGACUCGCCUAGAGAAAAAGUCAACAAGAGCUAUAGCUCAACAGAAAAUAUCAUAAAGAAUAUAAUGAGAGCCGACUCUUUGACAUCUGCUGAAGGCCAACCAAAAGCAUCUGGAAAGAAAAGUAUUUCUCACACAGAAAGCAUAGAAGUUGUUCCUAAGACUCAAAAAACUGAUAGCAUAGAACCUUCAGAAACUGUUUCAGCUGUCGCAAAAGCGGAGAAUGAAGAAAAAUCUACCACAGCCUUAGAUGGUGAAGAUGACAAAGUUAUUGAUAAUAACCUAGAGCAAUCUGGCGGAGAAAGUCUUUCUCCAAUUGAUAGCUUAAACACUGUUGCCCAGUCUCAUAGUGCAGAUAGUGCCGACUCGGUAAUCUCAAAUCAAUUACAAAGUUCUGAUGAUAUAAAUAAGAGUACUCCUCAAGUGGAAAGUUCUGAAGAAGCAGCUCUGCCUAAUAAAACAGCAGACUCCGUAACCUCUACUCAAUCCGCUGAUCUCUCAAAUAUAGAAGAAUCAAAAGAGAAGAAGAGUUCUUCUCAAGAUGAAAACUUGCAAGCAGCUGCUCCCGCUCAGGAUAAUCCUGAGUCUGAAGCAUCGACACAACCCAGUCGAGAAGAAGCUACUGAAAAAUCGAUUGAAAGAAGUAUCUCCCUAGCAAAAAGCUUAGAAAUAGCUGCUGGGCCUACUGAAGCAGGCAAAAAUAUUAUAAAUCCAGAACAAUCUGUUGAGAAAAGUUCUUUAGAUGACGAGGUUGCCGAAAAAACUGUUCUAUCUGGUGAAGUUUCAAUUGCAACUGAAGAAGUAGUAGAUGAAGAUGAAGGAAAAUUAACUAAAUCUAUCAAUAAAAGUAGUUUUAAAGCUGAUAGUAUUGAAAUUGCCGCGCCUAAGCCUGAAAGCGUAGAACACUCUGAGACCUCAACUUCAGUUAAUGAAAAGAAAGAUACAGAAGUCUCCACUCAAAGAAAUGCUUCACAAACAAAGAGUUUAGAAACUAAUUCUUCAUCUGAUAAACUUGCAACUUUUGAAUCCAAGGAGGAUAAUAAUGAAAGUCCAAUUGAAAAGCCAAUUGAGAAAACUAUUUCCCAAUCACAAAGCCUUGAAACUGUUCCUAAAUCUGAUAAAUAUGAAAGUGCACCACAGUCACAAAAGACCUCGGUUGAAGAUGUUAUUGACAAAGAUGAAAAUGCACUGUCAAAUCAAAUUGAUUCUCCAAUUCAAUCUGUAGAUGAGCAACAGGCCACUUCAGAUAAGUUAUCACAAUCAUCAGAUAAAAACAAAUCUACAGAAAGCGAACUUACAGAUAAGGAUAGUGAUUUAGUUGAGGUAGCAACUGCCAAUCUAAGCACAGAAAAACCAGCAUCAGCUGAUGAAAAAUCUAAGAAGAGCUCGUCAACUGAAUCUACGGAGAGUAAUAAAGCUGCAGAUGCUUUAUUGGUGGACAAUGCAGAAAUCGCUGGAAGUCCCCAUUCAGAAAACGAUUAUUCAGUAGAAGUAAAUAGUCUUCAGUCAGUGUUAAACACCAUGAAGGAGAAAUAUAAUCAAGAUGAGUCAAUCUUGAGUGGUAAAACUUCACCAACUGAAGAAAGUACACAAUUGCAAACUGCUGCUGAUCCCAACUUAGAAUCUACUACGACUAUAGAGAAAAAACAAGAACAUGAAUCUACUAAGCAAUCCACUGCUGAAGCAGAAAGUGUUGAGACCAAAUCAAUAAUUAGUACUGCGGAGAGUUUAGGCGAAAAUGAUGAUACUAAACCAGACGUAGCAAAUACAAAAGAUAAUUAUCAAAAUGAGGAUACGCUAAGUGACAUUGGAAAAUCAAUUAUAAUUCACAGUGUACUUCCUGGUGAAGAUGAUUAUGUCUUACCGCUUUCGUCCGAUGCUACAUUACCUUCGGAAACUAUCAAUAAUACAACUGAAAAUGCUCCUGAUAAUACAGAGAAGAUAGAAAAUAACAAAAGCGUCGAUAAAUCGAAUGAAGAUGAAGAACAAUCAAAAUUGAAAACUGGAGAAAAUCAAGAAAGCUUAAGCGAAGCUUCUACAAAUAAUCGAAGCAUUGAUAAAGUCGAGGAGCCAAUAAUAAAUGAAACUAUAAAGAAAAUAGAUUCACAACAACUAGAAAGCCCGCCAUCAGGUUCAGCCAACAUAUCAAAGGAGGAAAGUAUUGACAGUAGUGUGAAAGAAAAGAAAAUAUUGAACCAGGAAACAGGAGAGACAGAAUUGGAUGAUGGCAGCUCAAACAGCAAAACUAAGAUUCCCAGCAAACAAUCAUCAGAUAGUAUUCAAAAGCUUGUCGAUCCAUCAGAGAAUAUGGUAACCACAUUAAAUGAAGUUUCAAUUGCAACUGAAGAAGUAGUAGAUGAAAAUGAAGGAAAAUUAACUAAAUCUAUCAAUAAAAGUAGUUCUCAAUCUGAUGGUACUGAAAUUGCCGCGCCUAAGCCAGCUUUAACUGACGACUGUGAAUUGCUAGACCGAACCAAAUGUUCAGUAGAAAAUAUCAAUGAAAACAUUAAACAAGUACCACAAGAAGCAUCCUCAGAUAAAUCUGAAAUUAUUCGAAGAUCAGAAAGCUUAAAUUCAAAAGGAUCGUUGUCUGAAAUACAAGGAAGUGCGGAUGCUGUUAUUGAGAGCAUUGAUAAGAGCUCAGAAAACAAAUCUUUUGAAGCUAAGGAGGAAGAUAUGUCAGUUACUAAAAAUAUUGUAGAAGAAUCUAUACCUAAAGAAGAAUCUAUGGAGGAAAGAAAAGUUCUUCAACAAGCCAAGUCAAUACCGAAAAUAUCUGUUGAACUGUCGAUGGAUGAAAAUGAUGAAAUUGAGAAUGCUGAAAGUACCGUGGACGUUAAUAAAGAUACAAUUGUAUCUGCAGACUUAACUCAGGAUAUCAUUAAGAACACUGAUGAAGAUACAAAUGAUACUAAAACGAAGUUAGCUAAUGAAUCAUCAAAUAAGAAAGUUAAUGAAACAGAAGAUGCGAGUCAACCAACUCUGUCUGAAGAACCUAGUCAAAUAAGUUUGGACAAUAUAAAAUCAGCUCAAUCAGAAGAUAAUGUAAAAACUCCAUCUGAGGAAGAUGGAAAACUUUCUUCAACAUCAUCUGGUGGUGUGAAACCAACUAUAAAAUCAGCGUUAUCCGAAGAAGCUGAGGAAAAAAUUAAAGAGAUCAUCCAGUUGACUUUGUUAGAAGAAGCUGAAAGAAAAGCUAAAGAUAGUGCUGAAAUAAAAGCAUCUCAAGAAGCUGCGGAAAGUAAAGUUCAAGAUACUAAAUCAUCUUCAUCAGAUGAUAAAAUCACAACUAAACCAGCUAAAGAUAGUAGUAAAAUUGUUUUAUCUGAAGAUAUUGCUACAAAUCCUGACAUUGAUAUAAGUUCUGACGAAAAGCUAAAGAGAAAAGCAUCUGAAGAAGUUCAGGAAAAGAUUGAUGACAAUAUUAAAACAACUGAAGUAGCCGAAAAGCCUUUAUUAACGCCUAGUGAUGUUACAACUGAAGAUGAUUUAACUGCAAAAGAGGAUAAGCAAAUAAGCUUAGAGUCCACAAAAAGCAAAUCUAUUGGAAGUGAAGAGUCAAAUCCUUCUAAGGAAUUAGAAUCCCAAAUUAUAGCUGGGGAUGUGAAGUCGCAAACUUUUGUAAAGGAAACUCAAUUAUCAACAGAAGACUCGAAAGCAAAUAAAUCUCUAGAGGAACCUCAAACAAAUACAGACGACUCGAAAGCAAAAGUAUCUAUUGAAGAACCUCAAAUAUCAACAGAAGACUCAAAGGCACAAAAGCCAAUUGAUCCAUCUCAAGAAGAAGAUAAAAUAGUUCUAAGUAAAGAUGCAAUGGAAUCAGAGGAUAAGAAAACUCAAGGCGCUGUUGAAUUGGCAGAUGAAAAAGCUCAACCCAAUAAAGCAAAUGAAGUGAAGUCGGAAACUCAAAAUUCUGAACAGAACAAAUCUUCAUUGCAUUUGAGUCAUCAAUCAAUUGACACACAAAACAAAAAAAUGCCAAUCGUAAAAGACAAACAUUUAACAAGUUCCUCCUCAUCGGGUCGAUUGACAAACGCUCCAGUUGCCGAGCUGCAGCUCAAAUCAUUCAAGACAGCUCCCGAUGCGGGCAAUUGGUACGAUGUUCACAAUGAGCCUCUCGAAGAUAUUCAAGCUAGUGGAAAUUCAGCAAAAGAUAUAACAAGAUCCGAUGACAUCUAUGUUGAUAAUGCGAGACAGUUGAGAAGUCCAUCGGUGGAUGUCUCAGAGCGGAGACCAAAUUAUGUAUUUGGAGAGCCACCAACAUCACCAGAGGCCGUAAAACCAAAACAAUCAGUGGCAUUUUUCAUUUCAUUUGAUGGAGAUGAUGGAAAAGCUACUUUUAAAAUACCCAAACGAUUUUUAAAACAAGAUGAAUCUAGCAAUAAGAUAGACAAGAAACAACCUAAGCAAGAUGAUGAGGAAGAGUUAAGCAUGGAGCCAGUAAUAACAGCUGAAGACUUUAUAGAAUCUGAUUCUGACAUUGGCUAUCAGCAAUACGGCAUGCAAAAGUUGCAAACGAUACACGAACUUAAUGAAAAUGAAUCUAGCAAUGAACUUAGAAGUUUAUUGGAUAAACCAAAUGAGAAUGAACAUGAUGAAGAGGACAUAACUAUUCUGGAACCAGAAGUAAAAAUUAUUAAAGAGAAUCUCGAAGAAGUUAAUGAUGAACUUGUUAAACAAGUUCAGAAUAAGGUUGAGAAUUCAUUAAAAGUAAAUGGAGUUGACGCAGAUGAAAAUAAAUAUGAGAAUAAAGCCGACGAAUCUCAUGAAAAUAAACUCAAAGCCAGUGCCCAAAUUAUACAGAGAGCUUUUAAAAAUUAUCUUGCACGACGUGAAAACGUUACAAAGCAAAGCUCUGUAACUGAUAAGGAAAAUGAAAAGUUAUUAAGACAAACAGAAACAAAGCUAGAUGAAAACUUGGCAGCCACCAGAAUUCAGAAGGCGAUUCGACAAUUCCUAUCAAGAAUUGCAUUAAAAACAAAGGAAACUACAAGUACCAAAGAUCGAAAAUAUACAGGUGAUGAAAUAUUAGCAGCUAUUCGAAUCCAAACCAUGUUCAGAAAUUAUAUGCGACGAAAGAAACUAGCGUACAAUGAUGAUGUUUCCAAGGGCACAUCUGCCACGUCUUUGAUAACAAUAAUUCCCAAUACCCACGAUUCGCAUACACCAGAGAUUUCAAUAAAUGAUGGAGAACUCUCCGAUGACAUGAGCAAUUCCAACUCUGAGGUCAACUCAAGCAAACCCGAAUGGUUUGUGGGUUCACAGCGCAUAUCCGUGGAACCAAGCGAGAGGUCUGUGAGUAAAAGAUCUGAAUCAUCCGAGACUGGCACAAUUGGCAUAACAGAAAUCACAGAUAAUACGCAUUUAGAUACUGAUAUUGGCAAUAUUGUUAACGACUUAAACGCAAGCGAAGUAUUUGCUCAAGAUAAUGGAGCUUCUAAUAAUUCAGCAGGUUCGACAAGGGACAGGGAAUUAGUUGAGGCCUUGGCCAUUGCGGCUUUCGGUGCACUAGAUGCAACCUCAGCUGUAGGUGUAUCAAACCGUCAGAUCUUAAGCGAUUUUCUGAUCAAAGAAGUCGAAUUCUCUUCGAUACUAGAACCUUAUCGAAGUGGUCUAGAGGAAGUCCAUGAGGAGAAAUGCAUCAAGAAAACCGUAUCACGUGAUAAUCUUCUUGAUGAUGAUGAAAUUAAGGAAGAUGCAGCUAACCAAAAAUUCGAUGCUCAAUUAGAUUCCUUGGCUCCAGAUACCAUGGACGAGGCAACUUCAAAGUUGAUGAAACCCGAUGAAGUAAUUGAGAAAAUGUCACAGCGCAGAUCUUCAGAAACUCGCGACAAGCUUAAAGACGAUUUUCUGUUAACAGAACCCGUAUUUGGAGAGCCCAUUAUUCACUCCAUGAACAUGUUGCAGGAACAGAGUUCACUUGAUAUCGAAGAUGGCGAUAUCAUUGUCUACAAUCGACUGCAACGUGACGAGACUCGCGAGAGUUCAGCUCAAAGUGAGUCGGUUGUAUUUGGUAAUGAUAUCGAUGACGAUAAAGAGUUUAAUACUGAUGCUGAAACUGCCCGGACACAAUUAUCCCGACAUUAUACAAUCGCCGGCGAUGAUCCUCGUGCCAUGUUCAGAUCUGUAACAAUUGACGAAACCGUCAGAUACAUUGAAGAUGAUGGCCGUGGUAUGGAUAACAGCAUGAGUUUCUGCUUGGACGAUGAAACCUCUGAGAACAUACGUAAAAAGAUGAUGGCAUAUUCGCUCUCCGAAGGCGACUCUGAUUAUUACGAUCCCAACAAAGUAAUGCCAGACGAUUUCCACAUAGACACUGCCAUGACAGAUGCCAUGGACACGUCUACAGAAACUGAAUCGACUAUUGUCUCGGCUGCCACAAAGAUACAAGCAGGAGCUCGAGGCUUUCUGGCCAGACGUAGAUUGCGUCGUGCCAGUGCUGGCACAAAAUCAUCCACACAGGACACAAAGGCUUCGUUUGGCAAUGAUGCAAUAAGCGAGUCCCUCGAACGCUUCAUAGAGGAAGAAGCUGCUAAAAAGAUUCAAGUUGCAUAUCGUCUGCAUAGUAAAAAGCAGAAGAAACAGACGAACAACGUGAAGAGUGCGAGUUUGGAAAGCAGUUUGGCUGCUAAGCGACAAACUCUGCAACGUGGCGAUGCACUUCGAAAUGAUUCAAACUCAACGCCAGAGGAUGAAAAUAGUAGUAGCACAAGUGCAGCACAACUAUCCAAGGAUGCAGAGUCGAAGUCUAGCAAGAAUAGCAAGGACACAGACACAAAGUCUAGCAAAGAUAGCGAGGAGGCAGAGGCAAAGUCUACCAGAGGUAGCAAGGAGGCUGAGACAAAGUCCAGCAGAGUUAGUGCAACACGUUCAAAAAGAUCGACCGAUUUAACAUUACACUGGCCAGCUGUAAGGCAGAACUCAAUGCCAGUUCAAAUAGAUUGUGAAGUUCUGCGGCCUAUUCCAAAGCACAUGCGAAGACGCAUCAAGAGUGCUGAAAACAACAAAAAGAAGAACCGUAAAUGAGUCUUACAGAAAGUCAUGGAAAUCUACAUUCAAACAUACACGCGUCUGCAAGUCUGCUCCCAAAUCUUUUUUCUCAGUCAUUCUUCAGAAAUAAGUAAAGUGUAGAAUGAAGGUGCAUGCAGAUAUUAUAUUCUUAAUUUUAUAUUUAUAGUCAAAGUACAUACAUUACUAUAUUAUACUCGA